CAUAAUAUACCUGUGAGCUUCCGGUAUCUUUCCGAGAAGCACAUUCGUGUAGUUGGCGUCUGGGCUUUUGUGUGGAAACCAGCGAGUCUGAAUAACCCGCUCAGUUCAGGGGGGAAACCAUGAAGGUGGUGACUUGUGAGAUCGCCUGGCACAACAAGGAGCCGGUGUACAGUCUGGACUUCCAGCCCAGCCAGGAGGGACACAUUCAUCGGCUGGCCACGGCUGGGGUGGACACCACAGUCAGACUGUGGCGGGUGGAGCAAGGUCCAGACGGGAAGGCUGUGGUGGAGUUUUUGUCCAACCUGGUCAGACACACCAAGGCUGUCAACGUGGUCCGCUUCAGCCCUAACGGAGAGCUGCUCGCUUCAGGGGGAGAUGAUGCAGCUAUUCUCUUAUGGAAGCUGAACGACUCUAAAGAGCCCGAGCAGGCGGCCAUGUUUCAGGACGAAGAAGAUUCUCAGCUCAACAAAGAGAGCUGGUCUGUGGUCAAAACUCUCAGAGGACACAUCGAGGACGUGUACGACAUCUGCUGGACUCGAGACGGAAACUUCAUGAUCUCCGGAUCCGUUGACAACACGGCCAUCAUGUGGGACAUCAACAAAGGGCAGAAGUUGUGUAUCUUGAACGACCACAAGAGCUACGUUCAGGGGGUGACCUGGGACCCUCAGGGGCAAUACGUUGCCACCCUCAGCUGUGACCGAGUGAUGCGUGUGUACAGCACUCACACCAAGAAGAAGGCCUUCUGUGUCAGCAAAAUGAGCUCCGCACCUCUUGCAGAUGGAGAGGUGAAGCAGUACCGAAUGUUUCACGACGACAGCAUGAGGUCCUUCUUCCGCCGUCUUUCAUUUACUCCAGAUGGGUCGUUCCUUCUUGCUCCAGCUGGAUGUGUCGAGGUGGGAGAAAACAUCAUCAAUACCACGUACAUCUUCUCCAGGAAAAGCCUCAAAAGGCCCAUCGCCCACUUGCCCUGUCCGACUAAAGCCACUCUGGCUGUGCGCUGCUGCCCCGUCUACUUUGAACUCAGGACCAAAAAGGGAGAAGAUGGUUCUCCAGAGGUUCUCCCCAAUCUUUUCCAGCUUCCGUACCGUAUGGUGUUUGCGGUGGCCUCAGAGGACUCCAUCUUCCUAUACGACACCCAGCAGAGCCUCCCCUUUGGCCUGGUGUCCAAUAUCCACUACCACACACUCAGCGACCUCACAUGGUCCAGUGAUGGCUCCUUCCUGGCCGUGUCAUCAACAGACGGCUACUGCUCCUUCCUGUCCUUCUCUCCCGGGGAGCUGGGUACGCCGCUGAAAGAGCCUCCCACCCUGGAGGUCUUUGUCCCGAACAGCGGCGUCGAGAAAAAGGGGAAGAAGUCGUCGGGAGGCAAAAACUCCUCUCCGGUUUCCCAGUCGUCGAGCUCGGUCCAGAACCCCACCUCCCAGCCCGGCGGCGGGACUAAAGACUCUCCCUGCCCCACCCCACCGGACGAAAAGAAGCACACCCCGAAAACCAAAUCUACACCUCAGCCUCGCAGGAUCACCCUCAGCACCCUGGAGGGCUGGGGGAAGCCCGCCACCCCUAAAGCCUCCGCUCCUUCGACGAGUCAGACCCCGUCGUCUGGAGGAAGCCAGAGCUCGCCCUUACCGGCCCAGCCCCUCGUUACCCCCCUCACCCCCACCAGCUCCUCCAAAAACCAGCCCCGCGCUGCACCCCUCACCCCCUCCACAUCCAAAGUCCUCAACACGGCCGGGUCCACAACCCCCAAAGGUCCGGCCACGCCGAAAGGACCCACCCCAAGGAGAGUGUCUUUGACUCCGGUGGGAUCUCGGCCUCCAGCUGCCAGCUCACUCUUCAGCAACGCUUCGGCCACAGAGAAGGCCAAACACGAGCGACCGUCUCCUCCCUCCGAUCCAGUGUGCCAGCCUCCAGAACCCAAACGGCCCAAGACCAGCACCACCCCAGUAAAAAGCUAAAAGGGAAAUUUAGCAAUAAUUUCCCCCGUGGCUGUAGCAGCGAGCAGCUAAAGUGCAUGACCGUCUGAAUUCAGAGUUGUUUUGUACUCUCUUGUUUAGCAUCUUACGCACAUCUUGUUUCAUUGCAUGUCUAUAAUAAAGCUUUGAUGCUCUUAUACGAGGAAGAAAUGGUAUAUCGCAAUAAAUCUGAGAUGAACGGGUUGAAGAAGAUGAGAAGAGCACUUCAAGGUUUUUGUAUUUUGAAGUUUCAAAAGGAAACAGUUGACGUCCUGAAUUUAAAAUGUCAAGCUAAUAAAAGACUUCACUUCCA